AUGAGAAAACUGUACAAAGAGUUUGUUAUAUCCGUUAGUUUGUCAGCGUUUCAGGCUUAUCUCAUUGGAGCUUCUCUAGGGAACGUCUCGGACUGUACUGCCCUUUCUUCAAUCUACGGUGUGGCUUUAGCCGAUAGGUUCGGUCCGAUGGAUAAGGUUGAUCUUGCUUCUUCUUCAAGCAGCGGCUUCGGUAAAAAGGUGGUUAAGAUAGUAGUUCCAAUAUUUUCUCUGUUUCUUGUAUCCUCUGCUUUAGUUCUAUGGUACUACCUGAGGAGCAGAAAGAGAGACUUCAAGAUGAGGAAAAUGAAGCAGAGAGACAUUUUAGAAGCGGGUACACGUUCUAUGCUAGACUCAAUGAGCGAGAGCACUACUCUUGUUAAGUUCACUUUCCAACAACUCCUCAAGAAAACGACCAACAACUUCUCACGGCACAACAUCAUAGGCAGGGGAGGUUACGGUUACGUGUUCAAAGGUGUGUUGCAAGACGGUAGUGAGGUUGCUUUCAAGAGGUUCAAGAACUGUUCAUCUGGAAUUGGAGUUUGA